UAGUCAAAAAUCUUCACUCAAAGAAAACUCUAGAUUUGUAUGGCUUUGCCGAAAAGUUGUACCAAAUGUUGAAGGAUCAAGUAGUUCCAAUCUUAUACAAACUCUUUCAGAGCAUUAAAAAAGAGAAAACAUUUCCCAACUCACGAGUCUGGCAUAAGCUUGAUACCAAAAACCCGACAAGGACAGAACGAGGGGAAAAUCACAUGCUGGUCUCACUCAUGAAAAUAGAUAAAAAUCCUAAACAAAAUAUUAGCAACUGGAAUGCAGCAAUAUAUUUAAAGACCAAGUGCCAAAGUAACUUCUGAAAAUGUGUUCACAAGUUAAUAAUUAUUAGUAAUCAGAGAAAUUUAAGUUAAAACCACAAUGAAAUACCAUUACCACAUACACUAGAUUGGCUAAAAUUAAACAGCCUGACAACACCACAUGUUGACGUGAAAAGGGAGCAAGAAAAACUGCCAUUCACCACUGAAAGUAUUAAUUGAUGUAACACUUAAGAAGAACAGUUUGGCACUGCCUACUAAAGUUACACAUACUCUGUAACCUAGCAGUUCCCUCCUAGGUAGAUACUGUAGAGCAGGGAUGCUCAAAGUGUGGCCCCUGGACCAAGAGCAUCAGCGUCACCUGGAAACUUAUUAGAAAUGCUGAAUUCCUAGGCUUUACCCCAAACUCACUCAGUCAGCAACUCUAAGUAUAGGGCUUAGUGAUUUGUGUUUUAAGAAGCCCUCCAAAUGAUUCUGAUGCAUGUUAAAUCUUGAAAACCACUGCCACUGAGAAAUAGGAAUAUAUGUCCACCAAGAUACAUGGACAAGCAUGUUUUUAGCAGCAUUGUUUAUAAGAGUCAAACAUGGAAAACAAGCCAAAUGUCCAUGAAUAUCAUAAUAGAUAAGUAAGUUAUGGAUGGCUAUAUAAUGUAAUGAAAUAAAAAUAAAUGAAUCUCAGCUAUACAAAAUAGCAUGGAUGAUUCUCAAAUAUAAUGGUGAGUAAAUGUUUAAGACACAAAGAAUACAUUUUUAUAUAUAUAUAGAAAAAGGAUCUUGUCAAACUGUACAUACAUGUUUCAAGAACCAAAACUGUACCUCCAGCCCUAAUCUUUUGUUAGAACUCCGUGCUGGCAUAUAAUUAGCACCUGCCACAUAAUGUGUGCUCAGUAUGACAGGUUUCAUGCUUUAUAAUUUUUGCAGUGACUGGAGAGUAUUUCAGAAUAUACCAUAUUCAUUUAACCACUUCCUUGUUGAUGGACUUUUCAAGAAUAUUACUUUGGCUGCCCCAAUAGACUGAAAAUUCUAUGAGGUGAGAGACCAUGUCUGUCUUCUCCUAAGACAGUGUCUGCUCUUCAAUAGUUACUUAAUUGAUUUUCCAGAUUAACUUCCCAAUAAGAAAAAAAAACCCUGGCCAGUUUUAUUUAUCUUUGUUAUACAGAAAUUUAUUCCUUGUAAAUUUUGUCUACAGUGAAUUAACCCUAGGGAAUCCAGUCAACUCUGGGUGUAACAACAAAAUAAAUAUUCUAGACUUGGAAAAUGAGACCAUAGAUUCUGGAGUAGAGUGAUCCUCUAAGGUCAUUUAAUUUCCCUACAUGACAUCUCUUUUCUGUCUCAAUGUAACAGCAACUGGGAAGUGUGUCAAGCCUUGGAAUUAGGAAGCCAUAUAUCUCACAUUUUCUGUGAGUACCAGUUUAAAAUAUCCCAGCUUUCUUAAAGGUAAUUGACCCUGUAUUCUAAUUUGUGAUUUGGAACAUAUGAUACCAUACCUGGACCUGUAGGAAAUGACUGGCUCCAGAGAAGAUGCUUAUAGGGCACAAUAGAUCACUUGGAAGGCCUCCUCCUUUGAAACCUGGCCUCCCCACCUUAUCUCCUUUAGGAUGAGGUGUCCAGCCUGAUCCUAGGAGAGUUGUAAAGGAGCUCUUCCCAGAGCGUUGAUUGUCAGAGCAGAGCCCAUGGGCAGCUGCAGGAAGGAGCAGCAAAAUGGGCAUGGCUCAGAGAAGAGACUCAAGCUACAUGCACAUUGGCUGAAUCCUGUCAGGUUCACCUUGGAAUACCCAUUGUGAUGUCAUAUGGAGACACAGCCUUAAGGGAGAAGACUGUUUGGCUGAAAGGGGCAUGGGGUUGAGUAAUGGCGCUGAUUUGGGGGCUGGCAAUCCCACUGACACCAUAUGUCAGUUUUCUACUAUUAUUUGGUUUCCUUGUUUGGGGGCUUUGGGUACUGUUUUCCAGGAAACAGAGCAGGGAGCAGGUGGCAGCCAAUCCAGACUCGGAGACUUCAAAGCAGCAUAAAUUGAAAAAGAUCCAGAAAUUUACAGCUCCUCAGUGGGAAGAAAAUCUCAGGAUGGAUUGCACUGAUUCUAACCUGACAUGCUUUUCAGGACUCCCUGUGAGAUGGGCCCAGGAAUACAUACUCUGGUCAAUGGACAGGAGUUUUCAACACAUCUUCCAAUACCUGGAAAGUGCAAGAUCAAGUCUUAUGGAACUGUGUUUGCCUGAAUCACAGGAUAUGAUUACUUCUUCCUUCUCCUCCAUUUUUGUGGCUCAGGAGCCUGCUCUAACCUGUUGUGACUGUAAGAAGGCAAAACAUUCUACUGACCACAGCAUCUCUUCUGGAUCAUCAUGCAACAACUCCAGGCUGUCUCACCGUUCUGUUUUUUCUGAAAGAACAACCUGGCAAUUCCGGAGACAUAGUUUACCUAUUUUCCCCCAAAAGCAACCUUCUGUGUUCAGGAACCUAGGCACAUCCCUGCCUCCUUUUCAACUCUCAGAGCUUGAGAAGUCAAAACUAUCUCAGAAUUUGGCAACUCUUUCACUCUUAAGACCUCAAAGCUCUUUUAUCAACUCUGUUUUUGAAUCCCCAGAUCUCUGCAAACAACAAGAGAAAACAAAAGAUGAGAGAAGGAGCAAGAGUCAUUUGACAUCAGAUCAUGGGCCAAAUUCUAUUUUCAAGGAGAGACCGCAGUUCCCAGAGUGGGCUCCAAUCCAGCUCUCUCCUUUGGCUAGGUUGGAGUUAGAGGGACAUAUGGCUUGGAAGGUUUGUACUUUGCAGGAACAAACAGUUCCUCCGCCUGUGAGGGAAUCAUGGGCAAUGCUGAAUUAUUUAAUUGAGGUACAAGGAAGAGUCCCUGAACCAGAGAAACCCCAAAUCCAGUUAUCUAUGCCCAUUCAUCAACGCACUGAGCAAAAUAUCAACAAUAAAUCCCCAGGCCUUCCAUCAUUUCAGCUUCAUGUGGACACUGGAGUGGAAUCUGGAUUAAAUAGAACAGAAACAAAAAUUUCACAGUCAGUUAACCCAGGUAAGCAGUCACAACCUGGGGAUGGCCCCCAAAUCCUUGGAUCCAGGCCCUCAGUUACACCAAUGGGCACUCCACCUCCCAAAAGUUUAGGAGUUGACAAAAUUCAAAAGGAAACCACUUUACUGCAAAAGGACCCAAAACAUGUGCUAGAGCUUAGUAUAGAGCAGAGGGUCAUAGGUCUUCCAGAAAAAAGGGUACAGCAGCAUAAGACCCAAGUGACUAAUGUGGAAUUAACCCCAAGGGUACCAUACCAAGUCACAGAUAGCAUAAAAAUAACUCCAUUGGCAUUACUUCAAGUCAUGGAUUCAAUGGGGAUGAUCCCAGAAUCACAUACAGAAGUGAUAGAAUCUAUAGGUUUGUUCCCAUGGUCACCAAAUGAAGUUGUGAAACCAAUGGAAGCCAUGGAAACAGUGAGUGUAAGCCCCAAACCACCAAAUCAAGUUAUUGAAUCAGUGGAGGUAACCCCAAGACCUCAGCAUCAAAUUAUGAAAUCAAAGAAGAUGACCUCAAGGUCACCGAAUCAAGUCAUAGAUAAUGUGAAGGUAACUCCUGUGGGAUUACUUCAAGUCAUGGAUUCUAUGGGGAUGAUUAAAAAAUCACAUCCACACAUCACAGAGUCAGUGGGAAUGACCCCAAGGCCACAAUCUCAAGUCAUGGAGUCAGUGAAAAUGAAGACAUUGUUGGGCCAUCAAGUCAUACAACGAGAAAAGAUGAGUCCAAGGCCACAACGUGCAGUCAUGGAAACUAUAACACCAGGGCCACAGCACAAAGUUAUGCAAUCAGCGGGCACAACCUCAAGGCCACAAAGUCAAGUCAUAGAUCCACUGAAGAUUACUCCAGGGCCAAUAAGCCAAAACACAAAAUCAUUGGAAAUUAUCUCCAGGCCAUUGCAUCAAGUCGUGGAUUACAUGAAAGUAACUCCAGUGGCACUAUUACAAACCAUGGAUUGCAUGGGAAUAAUUCCACCAGCACAUGUUAUAGAAUCUGGGGGUUUGAUCCAAAAUGCACAGUCUCAAAUUGCAAAUUUAACCCCAAGGGCAACUCAACCAGAUGGUUUGACUUCUUCUAGCUUUCCAACUACUACUGGUCCACUUGGAGUUGUAGAAUCUGUGGGCUUACUGCCAAAGACAUCAUCUAAAGUCAUGGAAUCAGUAGGGACGAUUCCAACGCCAUCACAUAAAUCCAUACAUUCUCUAAAGGUAAUCCCAAUAUCAGUGGAGUUACCCAUGGGAAUGACCACAGCACCACAGUCACAAGUUGUAGAAACUCAAGAUUUGACCCCAAGGCCAAUAUCUCAAGUCAAAGAAUCUCUGGAGUUGUCAACUCCUGGGUCAUGGAUUCAAAUGCUAGGCUCUGUAGGGAUGACUCCACAACCACAUCAUCAAGGCACAGAAUCUAUGGCAUUAACCCCAGGGCCACCUCAUCAAGUCAUGGAAUCUUCAAGGUUGACCUCAUGGCAUCAAACCCUGGAAUAUUCAGAGAUGAGCCCAAGGCAAAGCCAUCAAGUUAUAGAAACUAUGGGAUUGACCUCUGACACAUGGCUACAAAUGAAGAAAUCUGUAGAGUCCACACAGUCAAAUCAUCAAAUGAUGGAAUCUUUAGGGACAAUCCCACAGUCAAUGGGUCAAGGUACAGAAUAUAUGGGAAUGAGCCAAAAGCCACUGCAUCGAGUCAAAGAAUCUGCAGUAAUGACUACUACAUCACUGCUUCAAGGUGUGAAACAUAUGGGGGCGAAGCCAAUGCCACAACUUAAAGUUACGGAUUCUAUGAAGUUAUCCCCAAGACUGCAAAAUGCAAAAUCUGAGAAACUGACCUUGGGACCAGAGUUGCAAAGUACAAAAUCUGCAGAUAUAAUCACAGGUUCAGUCUCACAAAUGGUAAAAUGUGGACAGCUGAUCCCAACUGUGAACUCAAUAGAACUGGCCCCAGAACUCCAACUGCAGAGUAUAAAGUCUAAUGAGUUGGCCCCCACACCACGGCUGCAAAGUGGGAAAUCUGUGCAACCAGCCCCAGGGUCUCAGCUUCAAGGUGUGAAAUCUGUCCAAUUAACCCUAGGACCACAACAGCAAAGUGAAAAAUCUGCUGAUUUAGCCCCAGCGUCACAGUUGCACAGUAAGAAAUCUAUAGAUUUGACUCCUAGUUCACGGUUUCAAGGUAUGGAAUAUGUUCGUUUGGCCCCACCACCAGAGUUGCCAUGUAUAAAAACUGUGGAGUUGAACCUAAGACCCCUACAGGAAGAUAUGAAAUCUGUGGAGUUGGCCCCAAAGCCAUGUUUACAAGAUAAAAGAUCUGAGGAGAUAGCCCCAGUAGUACUGCUUAAAGAUGCGAAAACUCUCCAAAUAGCAGAAUGUAGGAGGUUAAUCCCUGAGACACAAGCAGAAGGUAUAGAAUAUAAGGAGCCAAUCCCAGGGGCACACAUUCAAGCAGUAAAAUCUGUAGAGUUGAACCCCAAAUCAAAUCAUCAAAGCACAAAACCUGAAGGAUUGACCGCAUGGCAUCAAGCUUCAGAAUCUUUAGGGAUGGUCUCAGAGGCAGGAUAUCAAGAAGCAGAAGCAAAGUUGACCUCUGACACUUGUCACCACGUGAAAGAAUCUAUGGGGUGGAUACAACCAUCUUUAGGAAAUACCCCAGGGCCAUUAAGCCAAGCUUCACAAUCUCUGCAGAUGAACUCAAUGUCAUCCCAAGGUACUCUUGAGACAAUGCUCCAAACUGUAAAAGCCUUGGGGAAAACUCCAGUGUCACAACACAAAAUACAAGAACCUCUGGAAUUGGUACCAGGAUCAGAGUGGCAAGGUAUGAAAUCAGAGGUGUUGACUCCAGAGUUCCAAGAUAUGAAGUCUGUUCAUCUGAAGCUAGGACCGUAUUCAGACAUUGUGAACCAUGAGGAGUUGAUCUCAGAACCACAAUUUCAAAGUGUGAAAUCUGUGCCAUUGACCUCAAAACCACAGCCCAGAAGUGUAAAAUCUGAGGAGUUGACUCUAGGGCCGUUAACGCAUGAUAAUAAAUUUGUGAAUUUAACUGCACCACUGGAAGAAUCUAGGAGGUUAAUUCCUGAGACACCGUUACUACACAUUGAAUCAAGGAAACUGACCAUGGAACCAUAUUUACAAGUAAUGAAAUCUGUGGGUCUAACUUCCAGACCAAGGCAUCAAGGCACAGCACCCGCAGAGUUAGCUUCUGAGAUUUGGCCACAAGAGGAGGAAUCUGUGAAGCUGAUCCCACAGCAAGUCAUGGAAACUUCUGGGAUGAUGCCUAGGCCACAUUUUCAAAAGUUUUUAGACAUGACUCCAGAGCUAGGCUACCAAGACAUGGAAACUGUGAGGCCAACUUCAGAAGAUUUGCUCCAAGUGGUAUUAACACAAAAACCAACAGGUCAAGUUAUAGAAUCAGCAAGAAUGACUUUAAGGCCCCAUCUUCAAGUUACCGAGUUGUCAGAGAUACCCCUAACGUCAGAAUAUGAAAACACAGAAACUGUGGGGUUGGCAUUGUUUCAAGCUAAAAACAUCCAGGAGGCAAUGCCAGUACGACCAUAUUUGGAAAAAGAAGCUCUGGAGUUGACUUUAGGACCAAGGAUGCAAUGUGAGAAAUCAGAGCUACUACCGCAAAAUUUGAAAUCUGUGAAGUUAACCUCUGAGUCAUCCCCAUUAGUGGUAGGACCUAAACAGUUUAUUACAGGACCAAAACCACAUACUGCGGAGUUGACCUCAGAGCCACAGCUCUGGGGAGUAAAGUCCAGGCAGUUGGACCCAGAGCCACAAUUAAAAGAUGUGAACUAUGUUAAUUUAAUUCAACAGUCAACUACUACUGGAGUGGUAGAAUCUGAGAAGCUGAUACAAGAGCCAGCGCCACAAAGUAUAAUAUCAGAGGAAUUGGCUAAGGGAGCACAGCUCCAAGGUGUGAAAUUGACCCUAGGGCCACAGCUGCAAAGUAUCAGACUUCCCAAGUUACCUCCAGGGCCACUUCUUCAAGGAGAAAAACCUGCAGAUUUAAUCUCAGAGUCCCCACAUGAGUUGACCCCAGGUUUCCCAAUGCAAGAAAUCAAAUUGUCAGAUUUUACUCCAGGGCCAAAGCAUCAAAGUAUUAUAUCUGCACAGUUGACUCCAGAACCACAACCUCAAGGUAUGACAUUUGUGGAACUAAACUCAGGACCAUGCUUGCAGGAUGUCAGAUUUUCUGAUUUGACCCCAGAACCAAAGCAUCAAGAUUUCAAACAUGUGCAGUUUAUACAAGGAACACACCUUCAAGAUACAAAGUCUGUAGGGUUUGUAACAGAGUCAUCUUUGCAGGUAAGCCAAAGGCUCCCAGUUGAAAAUAUGAAAGCUAUUUUGUCUAUAGACGGAUCACAGUUUCACAGUGUGAAAUCCGUGAAAUUGACCUCAGAAUUACAAUUUCAAGGUAUGAAGUCUGAGGAACUGAAGCUAGGACCAACACAGCAAGAUGUCAAAUCUUCUGAAUCGACUUCAGGACCAAAGCUUCAAGGUGUCAAAUUUGGGGAACAAACCCCAGGAUCAAUGUUUUAUGGUCUAAAUUCUGUGGAGAUGACUCCAGAGUUAGGGCUUCAAGAUUCUAAAUUAGCAAAGAUGUCUCCAGAGCUUCAAGUCAGGAAACAGGUGGGGCUUAACCCAGGGCCAUGGCUAGAAGAUGUAAAAUUUUGUGAUCUGACAUCAGGAACUCAACCUCAAGGUGUGACAUCCUCAGAGUUAAACUCAGGGCCACAACUACAAUGUGUGAAAUUUUUUGAGUUGACCCCAGAGCUAAAGACGCAAGGAGGAAGAUCUAGGAAGUUGACCCCAGGACCUGAGCAACAAGGGGUUAAGCCUGAGAUGUUAGUACCAGAGCCAGUGUUUCAAGGUAUGAAAUGUGUAGCAGUAGACAAAAUGUCAAGCCUCAAAGGGGACAUUUCUUCUAAAUUAGUCUCAGAGCUACAAACACCAUUUAUAAAAUCUAUGACUAUGACUUCUAGGCUACAGGUGCCAAGUGUUAAUGAUUCUGAGUUGACCAGAAGACUACAGUUACAAGGUAUAAAAUUUUCUGAAUUGGUCCAGGGACCACAGUUGCAAGAUGUAAAACCUGUGGAGCAGACCCCGACCUCAAAGCUUCAAGGUUUAAAAUCCGAGGUGCUAACCCAAGAACUACAGCUGGAAGAUAUGAAAUCUGUGGAGAUAACCCCAGGGCCAAAGUUGGGAGGUAUGAAAUUAACACCAAAGCCACAACUAGGAGAUGUCAAAUCUAUGGUGUUAACCCCUGGGCCACAGAAGAGAGGUGUGAAAGUGGUGGAGCUGACCCCAGGCUCAAAAGUUCAAGGUUUAAAAUCUGAGUUGUCGACCUCAGAGUUAGAGAUAGAAGAUGUGAAAUCUGUGGCCUCAACUCCAAGACAAUGUCUAAGAGGUAUGAAAUCUGUGUUGCUAACUCCAAGUCCACAGAUGGAAGAUGAGAAAUCUGUGGAGAUAACCUCAGGGCCACAGAUAGAAGACAUCAAAUCUGUGAAAAUCACCCCAGAUUCCAAGCUUCAAGGUGUUAAGUCUGUUGAAUUGACUCUCCAUUCAAGAAUUCAAGAAUUCAAAACUGUGGAGUUAGUCCCAAGAACACAAGUGCAAGAUGUGAAAGCUGUGGAAUUGAAACUUGGGCCAAAGGUGCAAGGUGAAAAUUCUGUGCCUUUUGCACCUAAGUCAUUGCUCCAAAGGCCUCAACUGCAAGGUGUGAAACCUGAGGAACUGACUUCAGAGCCACAAAUGCAAGAUAUGAAAUUUGUGGAGGUUACCUCCUGUGUAAAGCUUCAAAGCUUAAAAUCGGUAGAGAAGACUCCAGAUCCAGAGCUGCAAUCUUUGGAUUGUGAAUCUGUGAAGUUGACCCCAAGGCCAAACAAGCAGGUAGCUAAAUCUGUAAAUGUAACCAGAAGACAAAAAUUUCAAGGAGCAAAAUUUGUGGAUUUAGCCUCAAGGCAACAUUUUCAAGGGAUGGCACUUGUGAAUUUAACUCCUGGACCAGAACAGGAUGGUGAGAUAUCUGUAAUCUCACCAGAGCAGCAAUGUGUGAAUUCACAGCAAUUGAGGAGAGGGUCUAGGUCAGAAGAUGCGAUGUCUUUGGGGUUAAUUCCAGACUUAAAAUCUAAAGGUGAAAAAUUAGUAGACCUCAACUUUGAGUUACACUCAAAAGGUAUGAAAUCAUUUGAAUUGACUCCAGAAUCAAAUAUUCAAGGUAUAAUACCUAAGGAGUUCAAACUUAAAUCACAGUUGCAAAGCAUAAAAUCCCCCAAGUUGACCCCAGGCCCACUGUUGCACCCAGUGAAAACCUCAGAGUCAACUUCAGAGCCACAGCUUCAAGGUGUGAAAACCGUUGAGUUAAAACAAGAGCCACAGCUUGAAAGUAUGAGAUGUGUUCAGUGGAUACCAGGACCUAACUUCCAGGAUGUGAACUCUGUAAGGUUAAAUCUUGGGUCACAAUCUCAAAGUGUCAAAUCUGCAGAGUUGAAAUCUUUGAUACAGUUAAGAAAUGUGAAGUCAUCUGAGUUGACUCUAGGGCCAAAAAUUCAAGGUGCAACAUAUAUGGAGUUCAACCUUGGGUCACAGUUGCAGAGUGUGAAAACCCCUGAGUUGCCCCCAGGAUCACAGCCACAAAAAGGGAAAUUGUUGGUGUCAACCUCAGAGCCACAGCUUCAAGGUGUGAAAACUGUGGAGUUAAACCAAGAGCCACAGCUUAGAAGUAUGAAAUCUGUUCAGUGGAUACCUGUACCAGAGUUUCAAGGCAUAAAAUCUCUGCUAAAUCUUGGGUUACAAUCUCAGUGUGUCAAACCAGCAGAACUGAAACCUUUGAUACAGUUAAGAGAUGUGAAGUCAUCCACACUGACCCCAAGGCCAAAGCUCCAAGGUAUACCCCAGGAACAUCAGCCGCAAAAUUUUGAUUUGAAACCUUGUCUUCAGGUUAGAAGUAUAAAAUCACAUGACCUGACUUCGAGGUCUAAGCUCUGUGAUAUAAAAUCUCUGUUAUCCAAAUCUAGGCUUCACUUGCAUGCUGGGAAAUCUCCUAAGUUGACCCCAGGACCACAGCUUCAAGUGAAACCCUUACAGUCUUUCCCAGGAACACAGCUUCAAGGUGCGAAGUCUCCAGUGCUUACCCAAGAACCACAGCUUCCUGAGGUGAAAUUUGGGGUAUUCAGCCAAGGGUCACAAUUACAAUGUGAUAAAAGUAUAGAGUUGAAUUCCCCACUACACUUGAAAAGUAUGAUGUCAUCUGAGUUGACUCUUCAGACAAAGCUUCAAGGUAUGAAAUCUGAGGAUUUCAACUCUAAGCCACAGGUGCAAGGUCUAAAAUCUUCUAAGUUGCCACCUGAGAUGAAGUCCCAAGAUAUGAAAUUUACUGAGUUAAACAACAGCUCACCGUUGCAAGGUAUAACAUUUUCUAAAUUGACUGUAGGGACAAAGAUUCGAGGUGUCAAAUCUACAGAUUUCAACUCUGGGCCAUUGUUUCAAGGUAUCAAAUCUUCUGAAGGGACCUCAAAGACAAAGCUUCAAUAUGUAAAACAUAAUGAAUUGAGCCCCAGUCCCCAGUUGCAAGGUGUGAAACCUUCUGAGUCAAUACUGGGGACAAAGUUUCAAAAAGUGAAACCAGUGGAAUUCAAGUCAGGCCUACAGUUGCAAGAUAUGAAGUCUUCUAGCUUGAUCAUGGGUAUAAAGCUUCAAGAUGAAAAAUCUAUGAAUUCCAGGUCUGGACCACACUUGCAGAGUGUGAAAUCUUCUAAAGUGAUCUCAGGGGAAAAGCUUCAAGGUGUGAAAUCUGUAGAAUUGAAAUCUGGUCCAAAGUUACAAGGUGAGAAAUCUUCCAAUUUGAACCUAGGGAGGAAGUUUUCAGGUGUGAAAUCUGUAGAGUUGGACUCAGGCCCACAGUUACAAGAUAUGAAGUGUUCUGAGCUGAUCAUGGGUAUAAAGCUUCAAGACGUAAAAUCUAUGGGGUGCAGUUCUAGACCACACUUUCAAGGUAUAAAAUCUUCUGAGGUGAUCCCAGGGACAAAGCUUCGAGAAGUGAAAUCAGUGUUCAACGCUGGACCACAAAUACAAAGUAAAAAAUCUUCUGAGUUGACUCAAGAGACAAAGCUUCAAGAUGUGAAAUCCUUAGGGUUCAACCAUGGUGCAAAGUUACAAGGUGGGAAAUCUUCUGAUUUAACCCAGGGGAGGAAGCUUCAAGGAGUGAAAUGUGUGGAGUUCAACCCUGAACCACAGAGACAAGGUGAGAAAUCUGACUUGACACUAAAGUGGAGGCCUCAAGAUUUGAAAUCUGUGGAAUUAAAGCCUGUUCUACAGUUACAAGGUGUGACAUCUGCUGAGUUAACACCAGAGACAAAACUUCAAAGCAGAGAAUCUGUGAAGUCCAUCACCACACCAAUGUGGCAAGAUAUGAAAUCUUCUGAGUUGACUCUAGGUACAAAGGUACAAGAUGUGAAAUCUUCAGGGUUCAACUCAGCCCCACAGUUACAAGAUAGGAAACUGUCUAUGUUGACACAAGGGGCACACCUUCAAGGUGUGAAAUCUAUGGAAUUCAACCCUGGGGCAAACGUGCAAAGUGCAAAAUCUUCUGAGUUGUGCCUAGGAACAAGGCUUCAAGGUAUGCAGUUCAAUACUGGACCACAGUUGCAAGAGAUGAAAUCUGAGUUGAGCAUGGAGAUGAAGCUUCCAGAUGAGCAAUUUCUGGAAUUCAACCAGGAACCUAAAUUGAAAGGUGGGAAAUCCUCUGAGCUGAAUCCAGGGCCACUGCAUGAGUGUACAAAUUUUAUGGCAUUCAACACUGGGCCAGAAUUGCAAGGUGUAAAAUCUUCUGAGUUGAAUCCUGGGCCAGAGUGUCAAGGUAUAAAAUCUAAGGUGUUCUGCCUUGGGCCACAUUUCCAAGGUGUGAAUUCUUCUGCAUUCAUUUCAGAACCAAAACUUCAGUGUGUAAAUUCCAUUGGAUGUAACCCGGGACCACAUUUCCAAGGUGUUAACUCUUCUGAAUCAACUUCAGUUUCAAAACUUCAAGAAAGGAAGUCUUGUGAGUUGAAUCCAGGGACAGAGAUUCAAAAUGAGACAUGUAUAGUGUUCAACCCUAGACCACACUGGCAAUGUCUGAAAUCUGAAUUGAUUCCAGGGUCAAAGUUUCUAGGUGUAGCACCUCUGGAAUGUAACCCUGGGCCACAGAUACAGAGUGUAAAUUCUUCAGAGUUGAAUCCAGAGCCAAAAUUACAGUGUACAAAUUCUAUGAAAUACAAACAUGGACCACGCUUGCAAGUAAAAUCCUUUGAGUUGACUUCAGGGACAAAAUGUCAAGAUAUGGGCUCUGAGGUGAAUCCAGGGACAGAGAUUCAAUGUGAGACAUCUAUGGUAUUCAAUUAUGAACCAUAUUUGCAAAGUUUGAAAUCUGAAUUGAUUCUAGGGUCAAAGUUUCUGGGCGUAGCACCUUUGGACUGCAACCCUGGGCCACAGAUGCACUGUGUAAAUUCUUCUGAACUGAAUCCAGGGCCAAAAUUACAAUGUGUAGAUCCUAUGGAGUGCAAACUUGGACUACCCUUGCAAGGCGUAAAAUCUUUUGAAUUGACUUCAGGGACAAAAUGUCAAGAUAUGGGCUCUGAGGUGAAUCCAGGGACAGAGAUUCAAGGUGAAACAUCUAUGGUAUUCAACCAUGGACCACAUUUACAAUGUCUGAAAUCUGAAUUGAUUCCAAGGUCAAAGUGUCUGGGUAUAGCACCCAUGGACUGCAACCCUGGGCCACAGAUGCAGUGCGUAAAUUCUUCUGAGUUGAAUCCAGGGCCAAAAUUGCAAUAUGUAGAUUCUAUGAAGUGCAAACUUGGACCACCCCUGCAAGGUGUAAAAUCUUUUACAUUGACUUCAGAGACAAAAUGUCAAGGUAUGACAUGUUCUGAUUUGAACCCAGGGCCAGAACUUCAAGGUAAAAAAUCUGUUAUGUUCAACCCUGUGCAACAUUUACAAGAUGUAAAAUGUGAAUUGACUGCAGGGACAAAUUUUGAAGGUAUAACAUCAACUAAGUUCAACUGUGGUGCAGAGAUGCAAGGUAUGAAUUCUUCUCAGUUGAAUUCAGGGUCAGACCUUCAAUGCACAAAUUCUAUAAAGUUUAAUCCAGGGCCACAGUUGCAAGGCAUGAAACCCUCUGGAUUGAACCCUGGCUCAGAAUCUCAAGGUACAAAAUCUAUCUUGUUCAACCCUGGACCAUAUUUCCAAGGUGUAAAAUCUGCUGAGUUAACUCCAGGGACAAAGUUUCCAGAAGUCCAAUUUUUGGACAACCACCUUGGGUCACAGCAACAAGUUAUACAAUCUAUGUUCACUUUGGGCCCUCAGUUAAAUGGCGUGAAAUCUGUGCUAUUUUUACCAGAGCCACUACUUGAAGAUGUAAAGUCUGUUAAGAUGAAGAAAGAGCCAUUGCUUUGUGGUGCAAAUUCUGUGAAAUCGAUUUCAGGCUCUGAGCUACAGGACUUGAAAUGUGGGGUGUUUGCACCAGAGCUGUGUUUUCAAGAUGUGAAAUCUCUGGAGUUGAAACCAGGGCCACAACCUCAAGAUGUGAAUUGUAAGAAUUUGAUUUCUUGCCCUAGGCAGAAAUCUAUGAUGUUUGUAUCAGAGCCAUGUUCUCAAGAAAUGAAAUCUAUGAAGUCAAACCUAUUGCCACAACCUCGAAGUGCGAAUUCUUCAGGGUUGUCAUCGUGCCUCAGCUCACAAAGUGUUAAAGCUGAGGUCUUUGUACCAGAGCCAUGUUUUCAAGAUGUAAAAUCUGUAGAAUUGAUACCAGGGUUCCAACAGCAAGGUAUGAAUUGCCGAGAGGUGAUUUCAGGAGGGCAAGGUAUGAAAUCAGUGGUGUCGGCAUCAGAACCAACUAAGAAGUUCAUACCAGGACCAAGGUUGACUAGUGUCAAAUUUUCAAAUUUGUCUCCAGAAUCACAGCAACAAGGUGUGAAAUCGAUGGAGUUUACUCCAAAAGCAAAGUUGCAGACUAUAAAACAUGUGAAAUUGUCUUCAGUGUCUCUACAGCAAGAUACAAAAUCUGUGGAGUUAGCACCAGGGUCAUUGCUUCAAAGAGUGAAAUUUGAGAAGCUAACUCCGAGAACAAGCUAUCAAAUGACUGACUCCUCUGAGAUAAUCCCUAGGCCAGGGCAUCAGUUUGUAAAAUAUGCAGAGACGAUCCCAAAGCAAAGGCAUGAAGUCCCUAAAUCUGAGAAUUUGAAUUCAAUGCCAAUUUAUCAAGUCACAGAACCUUCAGAAAUGGCACAAAAGUUGGCACAUCAAGGCACAGAAACUGUAGAGAAAUCUGUAGGGUUGAACCCAAAGCCAACAGGUAAAGCCAUGGAAUCUUCAGGGAUGCCUCUGGAGCUGGAUCUUCAAGUACCAGAAUUUAUUGAUCUGUCUCCAGUACUAAGGGAUCAAGGUUCUAAAUCCUUAGAGUUAACUCCAGAUAAAAGCUACCAAAUCCCAGAAACUCUGGAGUUGCUCACUCAGUCACGGCCUCAAGUCAAGGAUUUGGGGGAAUUAUAUACAAGGUCACUACAGCAAGUUGUGGAAUCUGAAGGGAUGACCCAAGAGCCCAAGUAUCACAUUACAGAAACUACAGGGUUGACUUCCAAGGCUAGGCUGCAAAGGGAGGAAUUCCUUGGAAUGACUCCAAAGCCAAAAAGUAAAGCAACUGGAUAUCCAGAGAGAACUCCAAGGCCCGAUACUCAAGCUCUAGACUCUGUGGAGGUGACCUCUGAGAAAAGACUGCAAAGGGAAAAAUCUGUAGUAUUGAUAACAAAGUCAUUACAUCAUGUCCCAGAAUUUUCAGAGAUGACACCAGGGCUAGGAUACCAAGUUCCUGAAUCUGUGGAGUCGACUUCUGAGAUAGGGCUACAAGUGGAGGGACCUAUGGAAUUGAUUCCAAAGCCAUGGCAUCAUGUGGGAUCUUCAGAGAUAAUAUUAGGGUCAGGACAUCAAAUUCCAGAAUUUGUAGGUUUGACCUCUAAGCAAUUGCUUCAAAGGGAGGAAUCUUUAGAGUUGCCCCCAAAGCAAACAAAUCAAGUUGCAGGACAUGCAGAAUCUGUAGAGCUCACCUCUGACACAUGGCAGCAAGGGGAGCUAUCAAUGGGACUAACACAGUCACAGAAUCAAAGUAUGAAACAUUCAGAGAUAGCCCCAGAACCACUGGGUCAAAUUACAGAAUUUAUGAGGAUUAGUCCAAAGCCACUGGAUCAAGUCACAGAAUCUACAAAGACACAGCUCCAAGUUGCUCAAUCAAUAGGAGUAACCCCAGUAGCCCCCCCAAAAGUUGCUGAAUCUGUGACAGUGACUCCUGGGCCACCACUUCAAGUUGUGAAGUCUGUAACAUUAACGCCAGGGCCAACCUCUCAAAUGAGAGACUAUGUUGAGUUGAUGCCAAAACUGCAAGAUAUGAGACCUUCAGAGUUUACUUCAAGGCUAUGGUUGCAAAAUAUGAAAUCUAAGAAAAUCACAGAGACAAGACACCAAAUUUUGGAAAUAAUGGAGUUGACAGGGUUUCAAAUUGUAAAGACUAUGUUAAUCCCAGGGCCACCACUUCAAAUUGUAAAAUCUGAGGAAUUAGCACCAGGACCAGUGCCUCAGGUUGUAGAACCAACAGGAGUAGCCCUAGGAUUGGGGCUUGAAGUAAUGGAUUGUUUGGAUUUACUCCCAAGGCCACAUCUUCAAGAACUGAUAAAACCUGUAGAAUUAACUCCAAGGCCAAAGGCUGAAGUGAAAUCUGCAGAAUUAACCUCACGGCCAACAUCUCCAUUUGAGAAACCUACAGUAUUGACCCAUGAACAAGGGUUUCAGCGUAUGAAAUCUAUAGGGAUAAAAGCAGGGCCUCCUCAAGUCAUGGGAUCUGAGGAUUUGAAUCUAGGACAAGUGUAUCAGAAUAGGGAAUCUGAGGAGUUGACAUUAGGGGAAGAGUUACAAGUAAGGAACUAUUUCUCUAGGUUUCUAUACAACUCUUCUAACUCACUCAUCUCAAGCUCUAUCAAAACAACAUCUGAUUUAGGAGGCCUUUGGGAUUCUGAGAUGCCAGAAGUAUCAAGAACCUUGGAUAUAAAAAACCCUGGGAGAGAUAUUUUGCAGCCUGAAGAGUCCUUUAUAGACCCUGCUAUGAUACAAUCUUCAACACUUCCCUUGUCUUUUUGUAAUCAACCCUCUGAUAAGACAGCUAACACUGUAGAAACCCCACAUUCUGAGAUCCCAGGAGUAGAUGUCACAUCUCAGGAGAAGACUAAGAGUAAGCAGGUGGAGGAGCUAGAGAACUUUCUCCAAGCCCUCUCCCAACAUCCACCACAAAGCUGGAAAUCACCAUCUAGGACCUUCCAGGCAGGAUCAAGGGCUCGAAGAAGCCUUACCUGGUCUGUCCUGGGCAGACAACGGAAUGUCUGGGAGAAUCACUCCUGGAGGCAGCGACUACCUAGAAAAUAUCUCUCCAAUAUGCUAAUGCUAGGGAAUGUCUUGGGGACCAUUAUGGAAAGGAAGCUUCGUUCUCAAACAUCUUUAACAGAAAAACCCAUUGCAGAUACCCGUCAAUCUAUUCAGAAUUUAUUUGGGGUUCCAGCUGAACUGAUGGAAUUUUCCCAGAGUCUGCUAGAGAAGGGUCAAGGUACUAUUUCUUGGCCUUCAGUGGUCAAAAACUAUAUUCAGAGGCAUACUUCAUGCCAAGGUCAUGAGAAAAGAAUGGCCUUAAGGAUGUGGACACGUGGCUCCAUGUCCUCUAUAAUACAGCAAUACUCUGGGACUAGAGUGAGAAUAAAGAAAACAAACUCAAAGCUCAGUGAUAUAUCCCAGGAAGUCAUUCAGCACAUGCCUGUUUCAUGUACAAAGGGCCAGUUUCCUACCCCAGUAAUGUCAGAAUCUACCUUCAAUAUAUUUUUCACUAGGAAAGAUCCUGUUCCAGUGAAAGAGAGUGAGAACUCACAGAGUGAUUCACAGGUGAGGAUUUUUGAGUCCCAACACUCCCUCAAGCCAAGUUAUCUUUCCCAGGACAAGACUGACUUCUCAGAACGGUUCCAGCUGUUACAAGAUCUGCAGCUAAAAAUAGCAGCAAAAAUGUUAAGGAGUCAAAUACCCCCCAAUGUACCUCCACCUCUAGCUUCAGGUCUGGUCCUACAAUACCCUAUCUGCCUACAGUGCGGCCGAUGUUCAGGAUUUAAUUGCUGUCAUAAAUUACAGGCUACUUUUGGGCCUUAUCUUCUUAUCUAUCCACAGCUCCACCUUGUAAGCACUCCUGAAGGCCAUGGAGAGAUUAGGUUGCAUCUUGGCUUUAGGUUGAGAACUGGGAAAAGACCCCAAAUCCCAAAGUAUCAUAGAAAAGACAGAUCCAUCACACCAAGGAGUCCUAUAUCACCAUCACUAAGGAAAGCCAAAAUCUAUGCUCGAGUCUCCAAGAAUUCUACUUCUACAAGAGAUUUCCAGUCUGGGUCUUCUCAGUCUCCUACUCCUGUACAAGUCCACAUCAGGCGAAGGCAAUGGGGCAGCCCUGACCUAGCAGGAAAGACAGAAAUUAGAGAUCUUGGGCAUUAUGAAUUCACUCGAGUUCACUCUCUACCAGCAAGUGACUCUGAAAGCGAUCAGGAUGAAAGAUGGGCUACAGUAAGAACCAAAAAGACCCAUGAUUCAAAAUAUCCAAUGAAAAGAAUCACCAAGAGAGUUAGAAAGCAAAACACAAAGUUCUGCACAAACAGUAGAACCCUAAUACAGAGUCCCUUCAGGGAAUUACCAGCCCAGUUAAGAAGGAAGCAGAAUGGAGCAUCUCAGACAACUACUGCCUCUCAGACAACUACUGCCUCUUUACAUAGACAACCUAAGAAAUCCUCGAAACCCAAAUUCAUUCAGCUGCUUUUUCAGGGCCUAAACCAGGCAUUCCAAACAGCACAUAGAAUGGUGGCUUUUUUUGAGCAAAAGCCUGAGAAAAGGACAAGACCAGAUUAUUUGCAGUCAAGGAAAAACUACCAUCCAAAACAAAAAGCCAGAGACUAUUGUUUAUCAAGAGAUAUCAAAAGAGACAGGACGCCAGUUGUCAAGCGACAGCCAACUGACUCAGCCACUAAGCAAGAGAGCAUAUUGUGGGGAGAAACAGACCAAUCCAGAUCAGCUCAACAACCAAAAAGAGAUAGGUCUUUCCGACACAGGUCUAUCCAAGUGCCCAAGCCCACAGUUUCCCAAAGAAAUACCACUUUCAAAACCACCUCAAUCAGACCACCUUUGGGUGCCGUUCAAAAUGACAAGAGCAGCAGAGCUAAGAAAAAUUUCUACAGAAAUGAAAUCUCUAGCCAGGAGUCCAGGAACUCCAAAACAAGAACCAGAGUUCAGGCCCAAGGGAGAAUCCUCCGUGGUUUUCCCAUGAAGAAAACCUCACAUGGUCACCUUAAAGAGAAACCCACACACGAGGAACGAAACCAUCACAGCAUCUACAAGGAAAGAACCCCAUAUAAUUCCUCCGAAAGGAGCCAAUGCAGUCCCUCUGAGAGAAGCCAUCGCAGCCCCUCUGAGAGGAGCCAGCACCGCCCCUCUGAGAGGAGCCAUCGCAGCCCCUCUGAGAGGAGCCAUCACCGUCUCUCUGAGAGGAGAUGUCGCAGCCCCUCUGAGAGGAGAUGUCGCAGUCCCUCUGAGAGGAGCCGUCACCGUCCCUCUGAGAGGAGCCAUCGCAGCCCCUCUGAGAGGAGAUGUCGCAGCCCCUCUGAGAGGAGAUGUCGCAGUCCCUCUGGGAGGAGAUGUCGCAGUCCCUCUGAGAGGAGUCAUCCUUGUCCCUCUGGGGGAAGCCCUCGCAGUCCCUCUGAAAGGCCAACUGCAGUCUCUUUGAGGAAACCCGUCGGAGUCCCUCUGAGAGGAGUGGACACAGUCAUUCCGAGAGAAUCGGUCACAGUCCCCCUAAGGAAAGACUCAAGCACAGCUCCCCAAGGGAGAGGCCCAGACAUAGUUUGUUUAAAGAUUUCAGGAGUUACUCAAACAUAA